AUGGCUACCGACGCUAUUGCGGUCACAAUGUUCACAGAGUUUAUUUCAGAAGCUCGUAUCCUGGACGAGCAGUCCGAGUACUGUUCGCUUCCAGACUUGGAGAACGUGUUCGUGGCGGCCAACCUCGAGCUCACGCAGGAGGCGAAGGAGAAGGGCAACCCAGACCGCAGUCUCAUGCGGUUCGGGUUUCUCGAGUGCGUCAUUCGCAUCGCAAAUACUUUCAAACUACAUAAGCUAUACGAUGCUCACAUGGGCAAGUAUUGCAAGCCUGGCGAGAAGCAGGGGAUGCAUCUUGUCGAGUUUCUCGCCCUCUUCUGGUGGUUCUGGACGAGAUUACCACCAUGGGCCACAAAAACAAUAUCUCGCCGAUUUCAUGGAGAUCAUUCAACGCAAGAGAGUGCCACAGGCACGGAGGAGGACAGUGAACCGGAAGACGCUGGCGAUAAAUUUGACACUGGCGGCAUUGGAGAGACUUCACAAGCUGGUGAGACGGUUGCUGUAGCGGACAACCUCCGUUAA